AUGUUCAUGCACAGCGAGGCCGACAUCAAGAAGGUGAAGCGCGUGCAGUUUGGCAUCCUCGGCCCAGACGAAAUCAAGGCGAUGUCUGUGAUGCAGCCUGACGGAGUGACCUCGGACCGCACGUUCGACAACGGCAAGCCGGUGCAGGGCGGGCUGAUGGACCCGCGCCUCGGCUCCAUCGACCGCUACAUCAACUGCGCCACCUGCGGCAUGGACCACAACGAGUGCCCCGGCCACUUUGGCCACAUCGAGCUCGCAAAGCCGAUACGCUCCGCUGCGUCUGCUUCUCCUGCUCUGUGA